AUGGUCACCAGAAGUGGUCGACCGGACUUUAAAAAGGUCCGGUUCGACGGUCCGACGCCCGAGUCGGACAACCCCCAGCAGAUGAGGGCCGCCUCUCCCGAGGAUUCUGCUCAGGGGGAAAUAACCGCCAGUGGACCUAGAAAGCGGGGAGGGGGACAACAGGGUCGAAGGGAGGAGGAGCAAACGCAAGAUGGAGGGGAUGACUUGCUCGAGGACCCGGCGAUUCGGGCAUCGCCGGAGGUCCUUGCGGCAAGGAAAAUCCACUCUCGUCGUGAGGCAAGAACGGGAGUGGUUGAAUUGCCACUCCCUGCUCCGGUCUCCCUCCCUGUGGAUCCCGAACCCGCCCAAAGUCCAGCUGGCGGAGAGGGGCCUGAACAGCCAGGGCCAAAGACUGAUGUCGGAAGGUCUCAAAAGGCUGCCAAGGUGGUCACGGAGGACCUCCAGGAAGCGGUAAGUCAACCGCAAAUUACCCCUGUCGUGACGCAAAGCGUCAUCAGCACGCUGCCAGGAGUCAAACUCCUGGAACAGACACCGGCUGUGUUUCUUCCCGUGAAGGUCUCUUCAAGCAUGAGGCUUGGUCCCUUGCCUGAGAGACCUGAGCGGAUAGAACCACAGUUUUAUCCUGUGGCGACCUCGUUCCAGCAUUGGGUUCACUUGGACCCAAGGAGGUUUGAGCUCCUUAUGGGGCUCUUCUUCCAAGCUGGAAACGACCCCAAUGCCAUCGUUGGCCCGGGCUAUCGGUCUGGACUUUUCCGGAUCGACCUGCAACGGGUCGACGAAUUGGAGGCGGGGGCAUACAGUGGGCAAGUCUGGAGCUUCAGCCCAGACGACUCACUUAUGUGGCACCUCAUCGAUUGGUGCCAGAGCAACGCAGGAGAAUUCUGCGUUGCGAUCCGGCGUUUUGCUGACAACGCUUUGUACCACGACAAAGGGUUUUUGCACAAGACAAACCCUUUCACGGAGAUCCUCCGUCGUGCUGGCUGGAUCCAGUACGGAGACCUCAUUGGCGGCUGGGCCUUCCGCGCAAUUGCAGCAGCCAAAGGGAUGGAGCCGGGUCCCUUCAAGAAUCGGAAGCUGUUGCAUUUGAGACAGUUUUGGCCCCGACUGUUCAGCAAACUGAUCGGAGACGAGUCGUGCCGGCUGACGGACUGGGGAAUUUCCUUAGACCGCCCACACUUGUCUCCGAAGAGAGCGCUGGACGCUCUCGACAACAACGACAACGACGACAACGUCGCCAGGGGGGCCAAGAAAGUAAAAAUGUCGGUCCCUAAUCUGGCCCGCAUGCAGGUACAUGGAGUACCAGAGGAGGAGCGAGCAUUCGAUUCCCACGGGAAUCGGUUACCAUGGGGCUAUCUCUACGCGGAUGACUCUCUAAACCCACGUCGCCCUCCUGAAGAGAAGGGGCCUUUCGGCACCCCUCUUCGCCGAAACAAAUCUCGCUCGAAGACGGCCACACCGGCCAAAAAGGAAGAUCCCACCGUUGUGGAAUUUGGAAUGAUAUGGGCCGCUCAACAACAGAAGGACAAGGAACAAAAGCAAGCUUCCGAGCAACAGUCUCAUCCUUCUACAUCCUUCUCGACCUCAACCCGUACCAAAUCCGAUGUAGCUUUGAGCGCAUCAGCGGUUGAUGGUACGACGACUACGUCUGCUAGUGCAGUGACUUCGAUACCCUCUUCAAUUCCAGCUGCAGCUCGACAGCCAACUGAAGUUAUACUUUACGGAUACUUUCCUGACACUCAGUGGCGUGCAAUUGAGCUCUAUGAACGCAUCUCAGCUGGUAUGAUCUGCGAGGACUACCCACGUCUCCCUCCGCCCGAACGCAUCAAGUAUAAGUCGAGCUUCCAGAACAUUCAAGCAGUGCUUCCUCGACCGCUGACGCGGGAAGAGACUAAGAGAGCACGCAGAUAUGCUGGCGGAGAAAGCUGGAUCAAGGUCACAUUUGACUCGCAAGAAGCGGCAGACCGAGCUUGUCACUUUUCACCUCAGAGUUGCGGCGGAUGCUGGGUGUAUGCAGAACCCUAUCGCGGUGUCGGUCCCAAAGAGGACGUUCCUUUACCCGUCACAGAGGCAGAUGCUCCAGACACUCUUCUCGGAACUCCUCGUCCUAACCGUAACAACUCUCGGACAAACUUGUCAUUUGGCGCGGCAGCACAGCGAUCGAAUUCCAAUUCCAAUUCCAAUAUCUCUGGCCUUCCAAGGUCAUUCACAACCAACACCCUUUCUCUUCCAUCACAAGCACCGCCACCACCCUCUUCUAGCUCGACAGCCUCUUCUGGCACUGUCACCGACUUCCCAGUCGCUCCCGCUGUACCCGCCGCAGCUACAAAGCUUCCACGCAGCACAUCCCAGCCCGUUUUCUCGAGCGGUGCUUUGGCGACCAGUACUUCGAACGGUGAAAUGUCCCGUCGCAUUCCUGGCGUCAGACGCGCGGUACUUCUUCCAGCGGAGCAAGCUCUUUUGCCUCAGCCAUCACGCACUCAGCGCUUGAUGUCACAAAUCCCGAUUCUCGGAUGGUUUUCUGGCGAGGUAAUUGGCACCGCCGUCCCGAGAUUGGACAAUGGCGAAUUCGAUUGGGUUCGAGCGAGCUUUUGGUGGCGCAUCUGCUACUGGAUUGACCUACAUUUCGGAACGGACCUCUGCGGUCUGCGAGACGACCGCAACGAGUAG